AUGUCCAAAUUACGAUCCUCGUCACCGUCAGUUCCAUCUCCCUCACACUCGGAAGCCAGGCAGAGAACCUACUCCGUCGAAGACCUCUCAUCCGGCAGAAGACCGUCAUGGACUCCUUCCAUACAGGAGGCGACUCCAGAAGACACCGGACAUUCGCACUCGAGACGCCGCCCAAGGCACCACGACGAGAAUAGCCCUCUAUCAUCGCAGGAUUGGGGUGGGUCGAUACCCAGUCUUCUCAAGGCCCAGAGGCCAUCAUUUUCGCCCUCAUUGAGCGAAACUUUUCAUCGAGCCCGGAAGCCACGCCUCGAGCCGCAGGAUAGUUCAGAGGCGUCUAAACCACCCAUAGGCAUUAGUGCUGGCCUCCCAGAAUCACCUGAGGAAGGAAAAGGAUUUCGUUCUAGUUGGGAGAUCAAUGUGAAGGACCUUGUAGGAGAUGCGGUUGGCAAUAUGAGCAUCAGUCCUGCGUCGCGCGAUAUCGUGCUUGCUGCCCGGAGAGGCCUAUUUAUCAUCGACCUCGAAUCUCCGCUGAGCAUCCCUCGAUUUCUUCCGCAAGGAGGUACAUGGGAUGUGGCAGACGUGCAAUGGAACCCACACCCAAGCCAUGCUCAAUACAUUGUCUCCACCUCAAGCGAGAGACUUCUCAUUUGGAACCUGCGUCUAGGCGGAAAGACUUCUAUUGAACAUAUACUGCGGUCACAUUAUCGUGCAAUUACCGAUAUUAACUGGCAUACCUCGGAGUGUGAUGUCGUGAGCAGCACAGGAAUCGACUCUUGGAUCUGGUCAUGGGACUUGCGCGAACCUCGUAAACCAAUAUUCGGUCUAUCUGCAUUCAAAGCUGGCGGUACUCAGGUCAAAUGGAACCGCAAAGAUGGCAACCUCAUUGCUUCGGCUAAUGCAAACGAAGUGUUGAUAUGGGACCGGCGAAAAGGUUCCCUUCCUGUCAAACGAAUUCGUGCCCACACUUCCAAAAUUUACGGUAUCGACUGGUCUCGGCGGUGUCGAGAAGAAAUUGUGACCUGCUCUCUUGACAAAACGAUCAAAACUUGGAAUAUCAACGCGACGGAUGACGAGGAUGCUCCAGAGCCAACGUCCUGCAUCCGGACUACUUACCCAGUGUGGCGUGCCCGGAAUUUGCCAUUCGGUGAAGGCAUCUUGAGCUUGCCUCAACGAGGAGAGACGACACUUGAGUUGUUCGCCAAGAGCGAGACUCAGACCCUUGUCGAAACUUUUGAAGGCCAUUCCGACGUUGUCAAGGAGUUUGUAUGGCGGAAAGGCUACCAAGGCGACGAUUUCCAGCUGAUAACGUGGUCAAAGGACCGCACUCUUCGAUUCUGGCCUAUUGAUGCGGAAGUCAUGCAGAAGGUUGGACACGCACCAGAGAUCAUUCGCGGUCGCUCCAAACUGACCCGCGGCGAGAUGGAAUUGGUUGAUACCUUUACUCUGGCGCCAGCCUAUGAGGAUAAGGGUUGCCUUCCCUUGCUCUCCGCACCCAUCGGCAACCGAGGGAUCCUGGCGGAAGUCCGUGCACCACAACCACUUCUUUCCGCCCUUCCUUUUCCUCCAAAUACCCUCGGCGCCCAGAUCCCAGGCCACGACACGCUGACCCAUCACUCGACAUCAGACGCCGAGAAUCCAGAAGUCACCCCAACGAUGACGAGUACGAAGCCGAUAUCCAUGAUCUCUGUCUCUGUUGCAGCUACGAAUCGCUCGACGGGUGGGACGAUGAGUAAGGGUGGGACAGGACCGAAGAGCGUCGCGCAGAUGGACCAGCUGGCAUGGUUGGCGAAUGUCAAAGUCGGUGGCAAGCGUGGUAGUAGCUCAGGUGGGAACAGCAAUGGUGGCAGUGGCGCACCGUCAAGGUUGGGCUCGAGGUCACGGCCACCAUCUGCGGCCGUUGGGAUCGCAGAUGAUGGGACCAGGCUGGAGAGGAGCCAAAGCGAGGUUGGAAUUGGCGGAAGACAAAGGAGUGGGAGUUUGAGUCGGGGUGUGGAGGACAAGAAAGAGGCGGAAAGUGGCCAAACAUUGCAGGACGAAAUUACAUCUGUGCUCACUAAGUUCAGUGCCUCCAAGAUCAAACUCGAAAAGCACGAUCUGUCCAAGAAACGAACUUGUACACUUGGUCUACACGGACCAUGGGGCGAGCACUCGUCUGUUUUUAUGCGUAUCACAUUCACCUUCCCUCGAGAAUACCCUCAUGCAACACACCCUUAUGGAACGCCAUCCGUAGAUCUCGAACGCAACCCGUUAAUAUCCAUGACGGAUCGUGCCUCCAUUCUCAAACAUCUUCGUCGUAUAAGAGAACGGAAACGACCUUGCCUUGAGGCUUGUCUGCGUUUUCUGUUAUUCGCGGACGAUGGGCAUGAUUCAGAAGGCUUUGAUUCUGGAUCAUCGUCCGACGAGGAUUUGCCAAGGGGCAAGAAGGCCAAAGAGAUCACCGUGUCACUUCUGCGAAACAACAAGAACCUGGCUGAACCGAGGACGUCUCAAGGCGCAUUUGGUCCUAAUGGCGAGCUGGUUUGCGUCUUCCGCGCACCUCCACGAAUCGUGCGAAACGUCUUGCGAGGACUUGUGACAGAUGCUGCGGCGAAGGUCGCUGAUGAAGGACUCCAAACUCCAGCCCAAGACGUCCAGAAAACCAGCUACUUCCAAUCGCCUGCUCUUGUCUCGGAUGCUGUUCGCCGUCUAGGGCUUGCAGCAAUGGACCGCGUAGUUGAGCCAAUCGAUCCACGUCAGCCUGAAACAGGAAGAGAGAUCCUGCGUGCCAUGACCAAUCUCCUGACGAUGCCGCAUCAGAAGAAUCGUCGCAAUUCAGACUUGAACCAUGUUGGCAACCAGCCGAAGAACUAUGCAUUGGACACCCAGAAGGAGAAGAGGAGCAGACUUUACUUGAUCAGUACGCGAAAUAUGGCUGGGGCAGACCAGAAAGUGGCCAUGGGCUAUAUCUUCAAAGCUGGGUCGCUAGCAGAUGUUUGUGAGAGGAACGCCGAGAUAGCAAGAUCUUAUGGACGGUACGACCAUGAGAGGGUGUUCAGGACACUCAGGACGUUAUUCCCGACAGUUCGGAAGGAUGAUGGCCAAUUAUCCUUUGAUGCUCUCGGAGCGCAGAUUGUCAUUCGACUCUAUGAAGAAUUUGUGAAAGAGAAAGACGUCCAAAUGCUUGCCAUGAUCGCUGUGGUUGUCUUACAGACGCAACAUGGCUCGGUGGUACAACCAAGUUUGUCUCGGAAGAAAUUAAAUACGCCUAUGACUGCGGUGCCGGGACGAACUGCAGGGGUCGAUUACUUCAGUCUAACCAAGCCCAGCAACUUUUCCAGUCCAAUUUCACCUGUAUGGCCACACAUGCCUUCGCCAAUUCCUCCACCAUUGGCUCCUUCGUUGUCUUCGUCCAACUCGUCCCGUGGAUCCUGGUCCAGCUUGUUCAACACUGGUGGUAUGCGUCAAUUCAUGAAUGACGUCCAGUACAGCCUCAAGGAGGGACUUACUUCGCCGACCGAAGUUCCUCUCUCAAACCCCGACUCCAACUACUUUGGGUCCAAGUCUGCGGAGAGGUUAACGCAUGGACCUGAGUCCCCUAGGCCUCAAAGUAAUAGGAGAAGGGCGCGCAAGGAUUCAACCUUGUACUCUCCAACAGUGGUGUCAAAGUCGUGGAAUGAAGGCUCGACCCAUCCUCUGCGGCCAUUGGCAACAUCCUUCUCGUCUGCUGGGCACAAACGGCCGUCACUGCGCUUUGUCGACUCGAAUCCUUUCAUUCACGAGAAACACGUCGUGGUCUUUCGGGCGCCAGAUUAUGAGGAGCCGAAGACCCUCCUGACGAAGGGCAAGAAACCACUCUACGCUGCCUCUAGAGUCAUCAAUGCCUCGUGUGGCUCUGCCACCUCUGUCUUUGCCAGGUGUUGGGUGCACAGUACAAACAAGACGUCGGCGCUCUUCAGGACAGUAAAGAAUCAGGGUUUCAGACGGGUUUAUUCAACGAAGAGUGGUGCUGAUGGCACAGGAGGUGGACCGAGUGGGCUACACGGGGCGGGAGCUGGAUUGCCGUUCUACAAAACACCGACUAAAUGGUACCCGCUGCCGCUAGCAGUGGGCGCUUUGUUGUUAGUCGCCAUUCAGUACAGGAAGAAGUCCAGGAGGGCACAGAAGGAGGUUGAAGUUAACGACGAUGGCCUCGAGGUAAUCAGACUGAAAGGUCCAUGGCAUGUUCAUGUUAUCGGUGCUCUUCCCCUCCGCAAUAUGUCUCGUCUUUGGGGUUACGUCAACUCUCUCGAGCUCCCUGUCUGGCUCAGGCCCUAUGGUUUUCGACUUUACGCCUAUGCCUUUGGAUGCAACCUGGAGGAAAUAGAACCUAAGGAUCUUCGUGAAUACCCCAGUCUUGGAGCCUUCUUCUACCGGAAACUAAAAGACGGUGCUCGGCCUGUGGAUCCAGCUAUUCUUGUCAGCCCAGCAGAUGGAAGAAUACUACAUUUCGGAACGGUUCAAGAAUCUAGAGUAGAGCAAGUGAAGGGCAUAACAUAUUCACUAGACGCGUUACUGGGCGUUGAGCGUCCAGGCUCGCCUUCGACCAUCGUACAACACAACCGCGACAUGUCAGUCGUCGACGACCACGAGUUUGCAAUUGUCAACGGAAUCGAAUACAGCCUUGAGCAACUGAUCGGGUCCUCGUCACCGCCAACACCUGGAACGACAACGCCCUCAGACGAAUCUUCUCCUUCCUCCUCUUCAAGCAGGACCCUCGUCAACACACCCGCAUCACCAGCCACAGAACACGACCAUAUACCGACAAAGUUUGGUGAUCAGAUCGACGCCUCAGUCGGUUCUGAUCGUAACACAGAGGAAACCCUUGUGCACGAUGCUUCAGUUGCGCUUCAGAUGGGUGUAAAACCCUCCUUGGAUCGCAGGCGGAGUGUUACAUCUGGCAAACACGUUCGACCUGGCAACUCGUUAUUCUUCGCCGUCAUUUACCUUGCUCCUGGAGACUACCACCGAUUCCACAGCCCUACAGCUUGGGUAGUCGAGAAGAGGCGGCACUUCGUGGGUGAACUAUUUUCGGUCUCUCCUUACAUGGCCAAACGUCUGGAAAACUUAUUCGUCCUAAAUGAACGCGUCGCCCUUCUUGGCCGAUGGAAACAUGGUUUCUUCGGAAUGGUGCCCGUUGGUGCUACAAACGUCGGCAGCAUCAAGGUCAACUUUGAUCAGGAACUUCGCACGAACGUCCGUGGCCGGCGACCACCACCUGGAACCUAUACUGAAGCCGUUUACUCUGCUGCUUCGCCAAUACUGCGCGGCCAGCCCCUAACCCCCGCAGAGGAGAUGGGCGGGUUCUGCCUCGGUAGCACGAUCGUGCUAGUGUUCGAGGCACCAAGCGACUUCGAGUUCACUGUUCACCCGGGCCAGAAGGUCAAGGUUGGCCAGAUGCUAGGCGACGUCGAUGACAAACUGAAGAAGACCGUCUAG